GCCGCAUUUUUUCAACCAAGGAUAGCCUGAAGAGUUGGAAUCUUAAUAACAUUCGUCACCUUACCGUGGUUGUACUUGCCCAACACCACUUCGAAGUACAAGUGCUUGUUCGGAAUCUGUUCCUAUAAACACACUAAUCAUGCAAUCCGGGCCUCCAAACCGGUUAGGACUUGGUCUGCGUGCUCCUCUGCCCUCGUAUGGCCAGGGUCCCUCAAUGCAGGCUCUUGCACAGCAGCAGCAGCAGAUGCACACGCAAACAUUUGUGCCACCUCAAACGCAAAAAAUGGUCAAUCUCUUCAUCGGUUCCAUCUCGGGAGGCAUCACCGACGCGUUCUUGAACGAGCUACUUUCAGCAUGUGGGCCAGUCAAAUCGUUCAAACGGUUGAUAACGCCCGCUGGAAAGCCCCAAGGGUUCGGAUUCGCAGAGUUCGAAGACCCGGAUAGUGCCCUUCGAGCGAUGUCACUGUUGAACAACGUAGAGCUUCCGGCGCUGGAGGAGGGCUGCGUGAGCAAAAAGCUGCUGGUCAAAGCCGACGAAAAGACAAGGAAUUUCCUCGAUGCGUACUCAGCACAACGUAUGAGCACAAACACGGACGAAGAAGCCUCCGCCCACGCCCGUGCCACGGUCACCAAACUGCUCACGGACCUCACUCACACCUCAAAAAACGCCCCGGCCGUCAACUCCGCAGACAAAUACGUCAUUCCACCGCAUCUACACGACCUCCAGGAAGCCGACCUGCCCGAAACUCAACGCGGGCUCGUCAUCAAUGAGAUCGCACAGUUCCGUGAACGGGCGGCAAAGAGGGAGCGAGAAAAGUCGAAGGAUAUCAAGGCGCAGAAUUUGGCGUUCGGGAUGAAUAUGGGUGGAGCUGUAGGACCGUCGGCUGGUGGGGGUGGGGGUGCGGGUGCGGUGGGUAAUGGGGCGAUGGGUGGGAAUGUGCCGAGUGGGCCGAAGGUGAGGGAGUGGGGGAAGCCACAGGGGGCACCGAGUGGCCCGGGUGGAGGGAAGGGAGCGUUGGGAAAAGACGCGCAGCAGGGCUAUCAGAAACCACCAGGGUUCGUUAGGGGACAGUCUGGUGGAGAGGGCGCAGAGGAGAGGGAGUUUGCGAAGCCAACGAAGACGGAUGAGGAGCUCGAGGCGGAUAGGAAGGAGGCUAGGCGGAGAGACGAGGAGAAUUCAUUCCGCGAUCGAGAACGUCGGUACGAGCCAAGAGAACGCGCUCGCAUUCAAGCUCUAGAACGGACAAUUGCCCGUGAGCGAGCCUCAAAAGAUGCGCAAGCCCGCGAUGCUGCCGAAUUCCGUUCCCGUCUCGCCAUCUGGGACGACGACGAAUCCGACGAAGUCUUCUACACCGACCGGUCCCGCUGGCGAGCCCAACGUGCUAGGCGACUAGCCAUGGAAGAAGCGCAGGACGCCGAAUCGCGAGCCUUCGAAGAGCGCGAGGUCGACAACUUGCGGAGAGAGAGCGAGGCGUUCCUCGCGAGGCAGAUGGACGAGAUGCAGGCGUUGGCGGAGGAGCAGAGGAAAGCGGGGAUGUUGCUCGAUGAUGGUGCGCCUGUCAAACUUAAUGUCUCUUUGGCUCCUGGGCCGGCACCGAAGGCGGAGGGUGGAGAGAAGUCGGCGCCGGCGAAGACAGUGUUUGGACAGGAGGAGGAAGAGGAAGAUGCGGUGAGGAGGAGGAAAGUGCCACUUGUGAAGUUGGACUUUAGUGCGGCGAAUGAUGGAGAAAAGGCGAAGGAGCGGUUGGAGAGGAUCAAGGCAUCGGUGCCGAAGGACAGGGAGUCGUUGUUCAAGGCGAAGGUUAGGUGGGACGGUGUUACGGACGUCAUGUUGGACAGGAAGCUCGAGCCAUUAGUGAAGAAACUCAUGGUCAAAUACCUUGGUGAACUUGAAGACGAUGACCUUGUUAUGUUCGUCCUCGAGCAUCUCAAAGACCAUAAAUCGCCACAAAAACUCGUCGAAGGUCUCGAGCCGGUCCUUGAAGAAGAAUCAGUCGAACUGACGAUAAGCGUUUGGCGACAAGUCAUCUUCGAAAGCAUGGCGUACGGAGAAGGGCUACACACGGAGAAGAUGCUAGUGGACUAGUCGGACGGGGGGCAGGUGCGUUCGUGUGCCAUUGCACGUUUGGUUCUGCUGAGUUCUGUAUGUCGUGAGAUUCGCUUUUUUUGCUAUCGAGUCCUAGUAUCUUCGUGCCAGCCCGUGGGGACCGUAUUUUGUGGAGCAGAGGGAGUUAUGCUUAUAUUAUGGUCGUGAGUAGUACCUCUUGAUCCAGCGUGUUGUCGUAAAUGAUAUGCCUUUUCUUGGUCUCU